AUGAAGAUUCAAAAAAAUGCAGUAAAUGUGUUUGAGCGCACAUCUUCUUAUUUGAAAGCUGGUCUGCUUACCAAAACUCCUGCCUGGUAUGAUGUUGUUGCCUCUGUACCACCAUCAAAAUCAUUCGUCCGUGAACCGCGCCUAAUCAACCCUUCAACUAAGAGAAACACCUCUUUUCUACCUGAAUUUAACCAGGAACUAAAUAAAAGGAAUGAAACUUUCAAGACAAGGGCAAACACGCUCGACAAAAAGGUGGCAACCAACUCCAUUUACAGUGCGCCAAAACUUACCUAUGCAGAGGAUAAGCUGAGGGAACUAUUUUACAAGCAGCACCCUUGGGAAUUAUCGAGGCCAAAAGUACUUGUAGAAAAUACUGGAAAUGAGUCAUAUGAUUGGAGCACAAUUCAGCAGUUAGGAAAGCCACUUGAUGGUGAAAGUGUGGUGCAGAGAACACUAUAUUUAAUGAAGGCCAAGAAACACGAGAGUUUACUAGCGGCCUAUGACCAAGCACGAUUCGAAUUCUACCGUCUCAGGAUUCAGCAAGAAAUCGAGGAUCAAGUGGCCCAGGAAGAAGCAGAAAUGUUCGGCUCAGUUUUCGGUCCUUCAGCUAUUGAGUAUGGUCUCGAAAAGGAACAAAAGGUUAUUGAAGUAUGGAAAAGGAAGGCAAUCGAACAGUCUGAACUUAUUUCAGCGAGGAACAGUAAUCCCUCAGAAUCAUGGAGCAGUUCUCAAUCCAAGACCACAGAGGGCCCUGCUGACAGUGUCGACGAUGAAGUGCUAUUGUGA